GGGAGUAUAUAUAUAUAUAUAUAUAUUUUGAAUAUAAAUUACUUAAAAGAUGUAAAUUUAUGAAAUAAAACUGUAUUCAAGGAUCAGCCACAGAAAAGGAAAAUCGACAUUCUCCCGCCAUUAUUAACCAGUCCACUUUCCUUAUCCAAAAUGAAAAGAUAGCAUACGAAAUUCUGAAAACUUCCAAUCAACAUCCCGCGGCAAUGAGUAGCUUAACCUCACCCGUGGUUUCCAGACUAAAUUCAAAACCCCCAAACGGAAUUCAUCCUUGCCUGAAGCCGAAUCCGUACAGAUGGAUGGCCGUCCAAACCCUAACCACCACUCAUCCAGCUACGGAAGACCUCGGCGGCGGCCUGGAUUCAAACGGGCACCCGAGCAAAGAAUCGCGAAUCGAUAGAGCAUGGGCCCACUGGAAGAAGAUUGGGGAACCCAGGUUCAUAGUUGCCCCCAUGGUGGACAACUCCGAGCUUCCCUUUCGGAUGCUUUGCCGUAAAUACGGCGCCGAAGCUGCAUAUACCCCAAUGCUUCACCCUAUUCCUUUUCUCGAAAGCAAAAAGUACCGCUUCAAGGAAUUCACCACUUGCAAGGAGGAUCGUCCCCUUUUUGUGCAAUUUGGUGGCAAUGAUCCGGAUGUAAUGUUGGAAGCUGCGCGAAUGGUGGAGCCCUUUUGUGAUUACGUUGAUAUCAAUUUGGGUUGUCCUCAACGUUUUGCGCAACGAAGGCGAUAUGGAGCUUUCCUUAUGGAAGAUCUACCUCUGGUAAGAUCUAUGGUAGAGAAACUGGCUUGCAGCCUUGAUGUUCCCGUGUCCUGCAAGAUUCGUGUUUUCCCAAAGUUGGAGGAUACAAUUAGUUAUGCCAAAAUGUUAGAAGAUGCUGGUUGUUCUCUAUUGGCUGUGCAUGGUCGAACAAGAGAUGAGAAAGAUGGGAGGAAAUUUCGUGCGAACUGGGAGACUAUCAAGGCUGUCCGAGAUGCCAUCAGCAUCCCCAUGCUUGCUAAUGGGAACAUUAGGCACAUGGAUGAUGUGUGGAGGUGUAUAGAAGAGACUGGGGUGCAGGGUGUACUGUCUGCUGUGUCCUUACUUGAAAAUCCUGCACUCUUUGCAGGAUACCGCACUGCUGAAUGGGUAUCAGGAUGUGAAGACGUCUACAAAGAAGCAAAGCUGGACCAGGGAGAUUUGCUAGUUGAAUAUCUUAAGUUUUGUGAGAUGUAUCCAGUAACCUGGCAUAAUAUCAUUUCUCAUGUGCAUUGGAUGUUAGGAGAGUGGUUCAUGAUUCAUCCAAAUGUGCGAGAUGAAUUUACUUCAGAACGUGACCUCACAUUCGAAUUUGUACAGGGCAUUGUGAAUAAACUCAAGACACUUGGUGGAGUGAGACCUCUAUAUGCUAAGGGUUGAUUGUCUGAGUAGUGCUGAUAGAGAUGUUCAUAAAUGAUUUUCAGAUUCAUGAUCCUCAAAGAUACUUAAACGAAGAUGAGGAUGCUGUAAACUGUUAAAUGUUUAUUAGACUGCUCGAGUUUCACUUUAAUUUCCACACUGAAACUGAAUGGAUGUCCGCCCGUGAAUGGUGCACAUAGCCACGUAUUGUACAGGAGUUGUACAUCUGCGAAAGGAGGGGGUUAAUGGCCUGACUCUGAAAUUUUGAGUUGAUGGCAAGAAACUAAUUCUGGGAUCGUGAAGCGAGGACUGAGGACACAGCUGCAGCAACCUCUUGAUUGUGGUAUUGUUUGGCUCGUCAUCAGAAGUUUUUGUUUCUUGAACUUAGAGAUAUAGAUAUCAUCCCGUCCAUGUAUCACUGUUUUGCUUAGAAUCAAUAGAAUUCUGAGUUUUCUACGAGUUGUGAUUAUUGUUUAGUUGCAUACUAGUAGUAGUUAACCGGUGCACACUUUCUUUUUUUUUUUUCCUGCAUUAAAGCCACAAGGAUUCCUUUCAACAUUCUGAUUGUACUGAAUUUGUCUGUUACCCAGACUCGGCGUUUUGCCUAGAGUAGUAAAUUCUGCAUUUGGUUAAAUGGACCAAACGUAACGCCUGUUUCAC